GCAUCUGCUUUCAAAACACAGGAAAAGAAGAAACACUCACACUGCCUGUGGUGUCAUUGCUGCACGCAGCACAAAGGCAAACAACAGGAGCAGAGCAAUAAACAAAGCAAUGCACAAAGGGGAUUUAAAAAGCAGAUAAAAGGACAGCCUGAGCAAGGUGACUGUAUAUAAAUGAGAAGGUGGGACCCUGACAGCAGCCCCCCAGCAUGAUCAUCACUGGGAACUGCACACUUUGUAAGCAGGAACAGAAUAGCUCUGCUCAGCCCUGCGUCUGAUGGUGUCUGUCACAGCCUCAGCAUGUCCAGGAGGAAGAUCUCAUCGGAAUCGUUCAGCUCACUAGGUUCUGACUAUCUUGAGACCAGUCCUGAGGAAGAAGCAGAAUGCCCUUUAGCCAGGCUGUGCUGGAAUGGGAGCAAGAGCCCACCAGGGCCACAGGAGAGACCCCCACAACUGGCCACUGGUCCUCGGAGAACUACCAGGAGAAGACGGGUCAAUUUGGAUUCUUUGGGAGAAAGCAUCAGAAAGCUGACUGCUCCCACGCCUCAGACCAUCCAGCAAACUUUACAGAGGACGUUACAGCGUUAUGAGCACCAAGUCAUCGGAUACAGAGACGCAGAAAGAAAUCUACACAACGCUACAAUCAGAUGCCCUUUUGCUGAUAACACAGGAAAUGAGGAAGCUGAAGAUGUCUCAGGAAUCCUGCAGUGUACAGCUAAUGUGCUUGGUGUAAAAUUUGAAGAAUUACAAGAAAGAUUUGGAGAAGAAUUCUUCAGUAUCUGUUUUGAGGAGAAUGAAAGAGUCCUUCGAGCUGUGGGUGGCACCUUGCUUGACUUCUUUAAUGGGUUUGAUGCUUUGUUGGAACAUAUUAGGACUUCAAUUGGAAGACAGGUAUCCCUUGAAUCCCCUUCUUUCUUAUGCAAGGAGCUCGCUGAUGGAUCUCUUAUGCUCACCUGCUUCCAUCUUCACCAUAUAGUAGCGUUUGCUAUGCUUGGAAUGAUAAGGGCUGCAGGAAGAAAGAUAUACCAGUUGAAAGUUGAAGUGGAACAAGUGAAAAACGUAAAUGAAAAGCUUUGCUCUGAAAUAAUAAGCCACAGUAAUUGCAAUUGUCUUACCUUUAUAAUAAAAGAAUGUGACAACGCCAAUAUCACAAAACCUCUACUUAGAUCCUCCCAAGUUCCUUCUGACUUGAGAAUUAGCAUCAAUACAUUUUGUAGAGCUUUUCCAUUUCACUUGAUGUUUGACCCAAGUAUGCUGAUUCUUCAGCUUGGGGAAGGACUUAGGAAGCUAAUAAAAUGUGAAGUUCACAAAACGAUGAGGUUCUAUGACAGUUUUGAAAUAGUAUCACCGAAAAUCAGCUGUACUUUUGAGCAAGUUCUUUUGAGACUGUCAACCCCUUUUGUCAUACGGAAUAAACUUGACACGUCUGGAUUAGAAAAUAAAGAUAAGGUGAUGGAUGUGAAGGGACAAAUGAUCCAUGUUCCAGAGUCCAGUUCUAUUUUGUUUUUGGGUUCCCCGUGUGUUGACAAACUAGAUGAACUGAUGGGCCGAGGCUUGCAUCUCUCUGAUAUCCCGAUACAUGAUGCUACUCGAGACGUUAUAUUAGUAGGUGAACAGGCCAAGGCUCAAGAUGGGCUAAAAAAACGAAUGGAUAAAUUGAAAGCAACAUUAGAACACACACACCAAGCCCUGGAAGAAGAGAAGAAGAAGACAGUGGACCUUCUCUGUUCAAUAUUUCCUGGAAAUGUGGCGCAGCAGUUGUGGGAAGGGAAGUCGGUGCAGGCCAGGAAGUUUGAUGAUGUCACUAUGCUCUUCUCGGACAUUGUUGGAUUCACUGCGGUUUGUGCCCAGUGCACUCCAAUGCAAGUGAUUAGUAUGUUGAAUGAACUUUAUACUAGAUUUGAUUAUCAAUGCGGCUUUCUUGACAUAUAUAAGGUAGAAACUAUAGGAGAUGCCUAUUGUGUGGCCUCGGGGCUUCACAGGAAGAGUGAUAGUCAUGCCAAACCUAUUGCCCUUAUGGCACUCAAGAUGAUGGAACUUUCAGAAGAAGUCCUAACACCUGAUGGAAGACCUAUUAAGAUGAGAAUAGGAAUUCACUCGGGAUCUGUCCUUGCGGGUGUUGUUGGUGUACAAAUGCCUCGCUAUUGUCUGUUUGGAAAUAAUGUUACACUAGCAAGCAAGUUUGAGUCAGGAAGUCAUCCCCGACGUAUCAAUGUCAGCCCAACAACUUACCAGCUUUUAAAAGGAGACGAACAUUUCCAUUUUAUACCCCGUUCACGUGAGGAUCUUCCAGAUAACUUUCCAAAGGAAAUAGAAGGAAUCUGUUAUUUUCUUGAGGAUGACAGUGGUCAAAAACAUCCAAAGCACUCAUUAACAUCUGUAAGAAUGAGGAAGGUGUCCUAUAACAUUGGCACUAUGUACCUUCGGGAGACAAGUGUAUGAAAUUUUCUGCAAAUCAAAGACUCUUCAAAAAAAGCACAAACCCAUAACUGGGUCAUUAGAGUGUAGAGAUUCUUUCUGUAUAGCUGGUUUGCUAAGAAUACAACAUUAAGAGCUCUGCAUAAUGACAGGCAAUAAUUUUUUUGUCCAGAAGUGCAUAACUAUUGUCAUGCAACUAGACGACGUAAUAAUAGUAUUUCAUACCUGAAGGAUAUAACUCCUAAGGUUUCCAAGUGUUGAUAUUUGUUAAUUAACAUGGUGUUUUAAUCCAUAAUCCUUAUUUACCACAUAUAGAUGAUUAAUUAUACAUUAUUUAGUAAAGGGACAAUAAACCCCUUGAUAUUUUAUGCAUAUUAGUUUUUCAUUAUAAAAAAAACUUUGCAAUAUACUUUAAUUAUUUAUUUUGCUCCCUUUUCAUGUAAUUUAGUUCUGAAAAUUAUGGAUUUUGUAAUUCUCAGAACUGGAAAUGCUUCCUGCUGACUAACCCUGCUACAUUUCUGUUCCUUAAUUGAGUUCAGAAAAUAACAACGGCAAACAAUGUUUUUCAUUCUGAAAUAUUUACUGUGGAACGCCUUGUCUUCUCCAGAUGCAAGAGAUAGUUUGGCUGUUAAAAACAAUUGCAACAAAGAUGUUAAAGGGACACUAAACCCAAUUUUUUUAUUUCAUGAUUUAGA